CGUGUGUUUGAAACAGUUUUAUGGAAAGGGAAGCACGACGCAUGCUUCCUUGUUUAAUGUCGGUCCGGCUCGAGGGAUACGAAUGUUACACGGUGUGUUCAGUGGCUCUACGCGCUGGAUCCACGCUGAUCGUUCCUCGUGGAUCGCGUGCGAUCCGUGAAUCGGGUGGAUCGCGUUCCCAGGCCAUCCCGUUCUCGAUCGGCGGCAUCCCAUUCAAGGAGACGCAAUUGACUUGUACUUAAAGCUAUGGAUGAUGAGGUGAUUGGUGGAGGUCAAAAUAAAAGAUCACCAAUGACCUUGAACGUCAGUGGAUUAUGGGACGUGGUCCCACGAUUGGAUCAUUACAGAUUGAGCCGUCGUGCUAAGAGGCCAUCGUUGAGCACCCUGCACGAAGGAAAUCUUAUAAAGGAUCCGAACAUAGAGGCUGGCCAAGUCGGAGUGUCGCAGCAAGGACACACGGGGAUAAAGCUAGGAUGGAUCCAAGGUGUUCUCAUACCGUGCCUGCUCAAUAUAUGGGGUGUAAUGCUAUUCCUACGAUUGUCGUGGGUGGUGGCACAGGCGGGCAUACUACAGAGCAUCAUUAUUAUCGGAAUAUCGGCGGCAGUCUGCGUCAUCACGACGCUUAGCCUCAGCGCAAUUAGUACUAAUGGGGAAGUAAAGGGAGGUGGUAUAUAUUUUAUCAUAUCACGCACCCUUGGAGCGGAGUUUGGGGCCUCGGUCGGAAUAGUAUUCGCAUUUGCAAACGCUGUUUCGGCAUCUAUGAAUACCAUUGGCUUCUGCGACUCCCUGAACGACUUGUUACGGGAAAAUAAUCUAAAGAUCAUCGACAAUGGAGUGAACGACGUUCGAAUCGUCGGAAUAAUCGCGUUGAUCGUCAUGAUAUUGAUCUGUGCGAUUGGCAUGGAGUGGGAGUCGAAGGCUCAAAAUUUCCUUAUAGCCAUCAUUGUUGCGGCUAUUUUCGACUUUUUGAUCGGCACUAUAAUUGGACCCCACAAUACAGAACAAAAAGCACAAGGAUUUAUUGGAUUCUCUUCUGAAGUUUUCAUGAAGAACUUAGGGCCGAAUUAUCGGUUCUCUGAGAACAGCAACCAAACGUUCUUCUCCGUGUUCGCCAUUUUCUUUCCAUCCGUGACCGGGAUUCAAGCUGGCGCCAACAUCUCUGGCGAUUUGAAGGAUCCAGCGAGUAGCAUCCCGAUUGGAACUCUUCUCGCGCUGCUAAUUUCGAUGCUGAGCUAUGUCACUUUUGUUUUCUUUGCGGGUGGCGCCGCUCUCAGGGAUGCCAGUGGCUUUGUUAUGAAUAGUACCAUUAUAGAUUGCAUACCGAAUGUCAACUGCAGUUUUGGAUUGCACAACAGUUACUCGGUGAUGCAACUUAUGUCAGUGUGGGGUCCAUUUAUCUAUGCCGGCUGCUUUGCUGCAACACUUUCCACAGCCUUGACAAAUUUGCUAUCGGUACCACGAUUGAUACAAGCGCUGGGACAAGACAGGAUUUAUCCCGGCUUGAUCUAUUUCAGCAAAGGUUAUGGAAAACAUGGUGAACCUUAUCGUGGAUACGUACUCACGUUCAUUGUUGCAACGUUGUUCCUUUUGAUAGCAAACUUAAAUGUGGUCGCACCUUUAAUCUCAAACUUCUAUCUGGCAUCAUACGCUUUGAUUAAUUUCUGCACUUUCCAUGCAGCCCUUAUUCGACCACUUGGAUGGCGUCCUACCUUCAGAUUUUACAACACUUGGCUGUCUCUGUCAGGUUUCAUUACCUGCGUCGCCAUAAUGUUUCUUAUCGAUUGGGUGACAUCGCUCAUCACGUUUGUCAUUAUUUUCGCAUUAUACCUGAUAGUCGUGUAUCGGAAACCAGACGUGAAUUGGGGUAGCAGCACCCAAGCUCAAACGUACAAAACUGCACUUUCUAUUGUUUAUCGAUUGAAUUCGAUCGACGAGCAUGUUAAAAACUAUGCUCCUCAAAUUUUGGCAUUGAGCGGAGCUCCUGGCGCCAGGCCAGCGUUAUUGCAUCUGGCAAAUCUCAUCACGAAAAAUCACUCGCUGUUAAUUUGCGGUGAAAUAUGCCCGACUCGUUUAUCAUAUCGUUUGCGAUCAAUGAGGCUGAGAAACGGUUACGCGUGGUUGCAUCAACAGCGCAUAAAGUCUUUCUAUCACGUGGUGGAGGAUCUGAGCUUCGAACGGGGUGCAUCGGCUUUGAUGCAGGCAACAGGUGUCGGGAAAUUGGCGCCGAACGUUGUUCUGAUGGGUUAUAAAACGCACUGGUCAACGUGCAAUCACAAAGAUCUUCAGGAAUAUUUCAACGUGCUUCACAACGCGUUCGAUCAAAAAUUGGCGGUAGCCAUGUUGCGAAUUGCAGAGGGUUUGGAUUGCUGUGAAGUUGCGACCGCGAACGGCGAUGAUGAACACGGUGUCCUAGCACAAAGUAGUUACGAUUUGACAGGAAACACUUUGAUGCACGUGGACAGCAAUUUGUCAAUGUCCAGCCAAAUUCCAAGAGUGCAAAGCGUGCCAACAAUGGGAAGUCAAUUCGUGCCUAUCGAUGGUCCACAAAUUAUUAGAGAUUCGCCUACUCAUGGAAGUGCUCGAGAACAUUUGAAACAGAAACGAAAACACGCUAUAGAGAAACUAAUGGAAAAACGUCAUGUAAUGCCAUCUAUACCUGAACGCUUAGCGAUUUUUCAAAGAAAGCACAAAAAUGGUACAAUUGAUGUAUGGUGGCUGUACGAUGAUGGAGGUUUAACGAUUCUUCUUCCAUACAUUAUUAGUACACGCUCAAAUUGGGAGCAUUGUAAAAUGAGAAUUUUUGCUUUGGCCAAUCACAAGCAAGACAUUGUAGCACAGGAGAAAGAAAUGGCCGAAAUAAUGGCAAAGUUCAGGAUAAGAUAUACCAGUUUAAAAAUGGUAGACGAUAUAAGUGUUCAACCAAAACAAGAAACAUUAGAUUUUUUCGAUAAACUCAUAUCUAACUUCCGAAAAAAUGAUGUGUCUGAUACAGAAUGCUGCGUAACAAAUCUUGAGCUUCAAUCUUUGAAAGAUAAAACGCACAGACAGCUCAGACUACGAGAACUUUUAUUGGAAAACUCGAGUCAAUCUACCUUAGUUGUAAUGUCACUACCAAUGCCAAGAAAGGGUGCAGUUUCCGCUCCAUUGUACAUGGCAUGGUUGGAAGCUUUAACCAAGAAUAUGCCACCGACUCUUUUGAUACGCGGAAAUCAUACUUCAGUGUUAACUUUUUAUUCGUAGUUCACCGAUAUUAUUUUGAACCAGUGUUUUCCAAUCUUUUUCGAUUAGCGAUACAUUUCGAAACUAGUAAAAUUUUUGCGAUACAUCAUAAUUAAUUGUUAAGAUAAAAAUUUUAAUCUAUUUAAAAUAAUAUAAUGUAUAAUAACAUUUAAUGUUGUAAUUUAUUAUUUAUUGAAAAAUGUUUUAAAAAUAUAAUAUAAAAAUAUUUAUAAUAUUGACAUAUAUUUUAAUGACAUUUAUAUUUUACAAGGAUUUUUUUUUAUGUCACAUUUUUUAACAUUAUUUAUAUAUCAAUAAAUAUUAAAUAUUUUUAUAUAUAUAUAUAUAUAUAUAAUAUUUUUAUCUUCACGAUAUAUUGAUGUGUCGUGAUAUAUCGAUUGGGAAACGCUGAUCUAAACAAUAAAUAUAAUUUUAGCAUCAAGAUGAAUUUAUUUACUUUGAAUAGCAUCGAGGAAGUCUAUACAAUCACUAAAGACAUCUGAUGCGGACAGACAGUAUUCUGUAUAUUCAUGCCAAAAAUUAUAUAGAUACUAUGAUCUGUUUUCGUUUUUAUACAGUAUUCAUCAAUAUCAUACCCGGUGGUACUUACUGACGAGAUUAUUUUAGCGUAGAUAUGAAAGACAAGGGACUACCUUAUCUUUUUAGUCCUGUAACUUUGAUACUUAUUCAUAUAGAAUUCUAGGAGACAUUAACAAAAAAA